GUCGACGCAUGACGAGGAGUGUUUUUCCACCCUUGUUUCCUCGCCUUUCAGUGGCCUGCGGUGGAAGAAACCCCUUUUCCUAGCUGAUGUACUGCGGAACUUCGCCUCUGCGCCUAUUCGACUCGCAGUCGCGGUCCGUGUUGAAAGGACAGGAGAACUGUUGAUGCGGAGUGUAUUCGACCAUGAGGGAGUGAGGUGUGUCUCACGAUGAAGUGACUGUCCUCACGGCAUGGUGUCGGGCGUUGCAGGGAAUAAGCUCCUCAUCGCCGGAGUCCUUGUGGCCAUUCAUUACCUCAUGCUCAUCCACGGGGGAGAUUCCCAGGAGAUUCAAGGGGAAUCGGAUGGCCCUUCCCUCUCUCGGGUUGAGAACGACAAGGAUUCCCUCAUCCUCAGGAGCACCACAGACGUCCUCAGAAAUCUCCAGGACACAUCGUUGACGGAAGCAACGAAACUUCUCAGUUCCGCCGAUGGGGAGACUUCGGCUGUGCCCGAGCCGACCCCGUCGGACGCGGGCAGUGAGAGUGAGCGUGAGAGUGAACGCGAUCGCGAUCGGACGACGACGUCGUCGACGGAGGAGGUGAUGGCGAGUCCCGAGAAGGGGAUCCACGUGAGCAUCCAAUUCCUCGAAGACAGAGAGACGUCAUCCAAACCGGAAGAACCGGCGUCGUCGUCGUCCGAACCGGAAGUGGAUUUCACGAUGGACGACUCGGACUGGUUUCUCUUGGGACAAUGGUCGGAUGCCGGAUCCCAGAGUUUCCAGAUUCCUUCCCCGUCCUGGGAUUUCCUUCCCGGGUCCGAUACGCCCGGGGACAUGUGGAUGAAGGUCGACCUCAACGAGGAGGAUGAUGAGCACGAUGAGGAUGACGAGGACAAGAAUCAGUCCAAGGACGCGUGCGAGGCGUGGCUGAAAUGCGACGCGGAGAGGAAGUUAAAGGAUUUAACCCUCGAGCGGCAACAGCCGGAUUGCCCCUGCCGAGAGCCUUUCGGUGGCUGGAGCCGGGAGAGCGAGAUCACGUGGUCGCGCAUGCUCACCGACCACCUUCCGGGCCUCCACCUCUCCGCUUCCACGUGCUACCGGUCGCUGUCCUCCCAGGGGGGCACGGGUCCGUCUUCGCAACUCUGCUGCUUUGACAGGUUUGGCCGACUGUUGACGAGAGGUGCAAGAGCAGGAUCGGCACUUUUUGUCAGUCCGGAUGUAUCGGAAUCCCUACACCAAAUCCUCGACGUUCUUCCGAGGCUCGCCUGCAAAGGAGACUUUACCCGGAUCCACCUGAGACGGCCGCCGAACAACGGUCUCAAUUGCUCGCCGAACCCAGGGGACGAGGAAUUCUUGGAUGAGAUCAACCAAGCCAGCUAUUACUGAUCCCCUUCCCUUUCCCAUUUUGAUCUCUUUUGUUCCACGAGGGAAGAGAGAAUAAAGGAAAGCCUUGUGAUACUCCCGUCA